AUGGGAGCCUAAAAACAGCCGCCCAUCAAGACUUUGCUCGUAACUCGACAAAUCUGCUCGCACACAGUACAUAUAGCAGAAGACUUUUCAUUCGUCUCAGCUUCAGUAAACAUCAGCCUCGUAUCAGAGAUCCAAUAACAAGAACAAGAAAAUGGAGGCGACACAGUUCUUAGCUAUACAAACAGAGACAUACAAGUUGGGUUUUAUUGGAGCAGGUAAAAUGGCAGAGAGUAUUGCUAAAGGAGCUGUUCAAUCUGGGUUUUUGCCGCCUCCUCGUAUCUCUACAUCAAUUCACUCCAAUCCUGCUCGCCGUCUCGCUUUUGACUCUCUUGGGGUCAAAGUUCUCCCUCAGAAUCGCAAUGUUGUUGAAGAGAGUGAUGUGGUGAUUUUCUCCGUCAAACCACAAGUUGUGAGAGAUGUUGUUUUGGAAUUAAGGCCAUUGCUAACGAAGGACAAGCUUUUGGUUUCAAUUGCGGCUGGAACAAAAUUGAAAGAUUUGCAGGAAUGGGCUGGUCAUAGCCGAUUUAUCAGAGUGGUGCCUAAUACUCCUUCAGCUGUUGGUGAGGCAGCUUCAGUUAUGUGCUUGGGUGGAGCUGCAACUGAAGAAGAUGGAGAACUGGUAGCUAAAUUGUUUGGAUCGGUUGGCAAGAUAUGGAGAGCUGACGAGAAAUUGUUUGAUGCAAUUGUUGGCCUAAGUGGAAGUGGCCCAGCUUACAUAUACCUAGCAAUUGAAGCUUUGGCUGAUGGAGGAGUGGCUGCAGGUCUACCACGAGAACUUGCAAUGGGCCUAGCCUCUCAAACUGUUCUAGGGGCAGCAUCUAUGGCCUCUAAAACUGGGAAGCAUCCUGGUCAACUUAAAGAUGACGUUGCUUCACCUGGGGGGACAACUAUUGCUGGUAUUCAUGAAUUGGAGAAGGGUGGAUUUCGUGGAACACUAAUGAAUGCUGUUGUUGCUGCUGCAAAGCGCAGCCGAGAACUUUCCCAGAGCUAAGAUUUAUUAUUUUAGUUUCGUUUCUUUUAUCACAGGCUAGGACUGUGGCAACAGAAUCUUUUCCAGUUAUUCAGUUUUUUUCCUAUUUUUUUUAUCAACCGCCGAGUAGUUUGUCAGUAUUUUUUAAAAUUGAAUGGAUGAGCUAUUGGCCAUAAUUUUUCUUGCUUAUGGCCAAGUGAAAUUAUUUAGACUA